AUGUCCGACUCUCGCCUCGCCUUAAAGCUCGAAUGCCAACAGCCUAUCUUAGAUAAAGCUGCCUUCAGGGCUGCGGCUGCUGAGGCCGGUGGCGAGCCAGUACCGCCAAUCCUCAAGAAUACGCUGUACUUGAUAGGCAAGCAUGCUAGUGCUUACUCUAACCCCGAGUAUCCUCCCAAGACACCGAGCUACGAAAAGCCCGACCUGCGAAAGGCAAACAAGUCCCUCAACACUUUGCACUACUCGCUCCCGGAGCACUGUCGCCGGGGCUGGGAGCCUACACAUUCUAGUUACGCCUACGCCGACAGAGCCCCUAGAUACUGCCAAGGGACCCACCAUACAACCAAGGGCGACCCAUCGCACGGAAAGAUUAACAAGCUCAUGCUUUCCAACCGAGACAUCGAGCACUGGGAUAAAAACUGCUUAGACCCUCACUUCUGCUACGACUACAUGUUGACGGGCCGAUGUGCCAAGAUGCAAUCGUGCUACUUGCGGCACAUUGCGCCGACCAGCGAGGAGCUAGUGAGUCUACGAUGGUAUAAUCCUAGGCUUUGGGAGACGAUUGCCAAGAGGUUUCGACAGCGCGCGGCUUUCGAUGUGUGCCCCUAUACUAAGCUGUUUCCCUCCGAAGAAGCGGUUGCGGCUGCCCUGCCAGGGUAUUCCAAGAACGCGCCUGCGCUUGAGUCCAAGACCGAGGCCAGGAAUAAGGUCAAGAUUGAGCCUCUCUUUGGUGGUGGCUUUGUCUAGAAAGCCUUGCCAAGUGAGAAGGUUUAGAUAUCGAUGUCUCUUAGACACAUGAAUCAGGAUUUGCAUGCA